GGAUGAGGAGCGAAACGUCCAACACCUUCUUCACAGAAGUACAGAUGACGUCUCAAGAAGCCUUUCCCUCGAUGGACAACUCCUGUAUGACUGAGAGCCUACACAGACGUAUUCAUUUACAUGUUAACCACUAAAAACAUUAUUUUUAUUUGCCAAAUUAUCAUCUGAACUUGGACAUACUCUAUUUUGUUGUCUGUGCUUGUGAGCCCAUGCAUUUCCUCCAAGACUGCUCUAAAGAUAGAAGCAAGAGAAAUGUAACACAACAUCACGUUAACACAAGUGUUCAUGAAAAUUAACUUUAAAAAAAUUGAGUCAAUUUCCCAAUAAUACAUGUACGUGACGUACACAAAAACAAAUAAUGGCUUCAUCUUGUUCCAUUUAUGUACAUAAUCUGAAGUGUUAUGUAUUUACAUACUGUAAUCAUAGGCUGGACGGAAGCGUGCAAAGAAUCUUGGGAUAUGAUGGGCCAGGAAUGGUCAUCUGAAUGCAGACUUCCAUUCAGUGGAGGAGGACACAUUUGUCGGCCGCAUUUGGAGCAGCCUUCGUGGACUUUGUAAUUUGGACAACCUUGUGCGGUGCGAUGACACAGCACAGCAUGUGUCCAAAAUGGCUGAUGGCAAGCCCAUGAGCCUUGAGCAUGAUAAUGUCGUGUGAGACCCCAGCCGGCGCUGUGCUCCACUGACAACUUUGUAAGAAACAGGAAGUGUGUCCUCCGUGCAUUGCCGUUAAAAGCGGUGUUGUCUUCCAUGGCAGGAAGUGUCCGUCCGUCUGCCACCUGCAGGCUCUCAUCUGGCAGGCGGACGCAGACACCCUCAAAUUGUUGUAUGCCAUCUGUCCAACAGCCGAGGUGUUUGAGGCUAUUGCAGAAGAGUGCAUGGUAAAGGCCACGGGUGUCUACUACAACAGCUGGAGGGUCUUGGUCUGCCAACACGGCAAUGGUCAACAGCCUCUGGCUGUGUGGAGUCGUAGAAAGAUGCCUAUUCGUCGACACUUCACCCCCUCUGCCUGAGCUGAAGUUGGUGAAAGACAUUGUCGAAGCUAAGUGGCCGUGUUCGGUGGCAGCUGGAAGAUCUACGGUGUGCCGAGGUGAGGGUUCUCCAGGGUUGUAACAGCCAGCUCUGCCUCUCGAUUACAUCACUAUGGUGGUCACCUGCUAGGUGGACGUGGAUGUGAAGGUAGCGCCUCUAGGGUGGCCCUGUCGUUCACCUGGACAAGCUUGACAGCCAAAGAUGGGAGAAGGCACCACCCCUUCAAGACAUCCCACAAAUAAAACUGCAGCCCGUGCCGGUGGGCCCGCCCCCAGAGGGAGCUGCUGACUCAUCCAUCCAUCCUAUCCAUUUUCUAUGGCUCUUAUCCUAAUAAGGGUCGCAGGGGUAUGCUGGAGCCUAUCCCAAUUGACUUCGGGCGAGAGGCGGGAUACACCCUGGACUGGUCGCCAGCCAAUCGCAGGGCACAUAUAGACAAACAACCAGUCACGAGCUGCUGACCCAGCUGGACAAAAUAAUCUCCUUGUGGAAAAGUCAGUGUGCCUCUCUCAAAGAAUAUUAGCCCUUCUAGAAGGUUCUGUUCAUCUGUGCUGUGCCAAUGCUAACGAUAGCUAUCUUCUUUAUUGAGUUUAAACGAGCAGGUCAGCAUUUGUGUGUGUGUCGUUGUUGCACAAUAAAGAGGAAGUUGGUUGACAAGUCAACGUGGCUUUUAUUCACAUCAAAUAUUUUUUUCUUUUGUGUGACGCCUUCACAUCUUAGUCUUUGUUGAUGAUGACGGCGGUCACAAUGGGGCGAAGAAAGGGCGGAUCUUCAUGCUGAUGGUUUUGAGCGAAUACCAGCUGCCCUUCCAGUUCAUCCAAACCACGCCGUCGUCUGUGCCGUGUUUGGACAUCUGUCGAGUGUAGGCACCGCCCAUGUAGUAUCGGCCAUUGGGAUUAGCCGAAUGGCAACGGUUGUACCACCAGCCGCCUCCGUCCUCUUUGGAGCACUGCUUGGAGGGGUCGCCAGGGUUCCUCGGAGCAGAGCAAAGUACGAGCGAUUUGACAGGAAGUAGGAGAUGUCAACUGUAUGAAAAUCAUUUGUAGCUAAACCCACCAGUUGUCGUUGUCUCUGUCGUAGGUGCUGAACAUGGCGCCGUGGUGCCUGGUCAUUGUGCGGUUUUCCCCAAACAGCUCCAGAGCUCCAUCCAGCAGACAGUUGCCGGCAUUGCCGGAGUAAGAGUCCACCGCCAGCACGUAGUUGGACGACUCAGACUGCAUGGUGAACUGGUGGUACUGGGCGUGGACCUAAACGCAACACUCGUGCUAAGCAUGCCACAUGCUUAAGUAGCCAAGUGUGGUCAUGCUCACCUUGGCACCUGUCCAGUCCUGCAUCUCGAUGAGGAGCUCAGUUGGGCCCAUCUUUGUCAGCUGACUGAUGCGGUCGUUGCCCAGCCAAAAUUCGCCUGUCACAUGAUCACAUGACAGGAAGCGAGAAUGUGUGCUGCCCUAUUUCCACUAAGAAAAAAAAAAAACAAAACUCACCUGGGCUCUCACAAUAACCUUUGCCCACGUUGAAUGCAAUGUUUCCGAAACCACGUCGAUACUCGUCCCAACGUCGGCCAAAGUCAACACUGCCAUCCAGUCUGUUCUGGAUGAGGAGCCAUCCUGAAAUACAACGUUGGCAUGUGUCAGUGUUCCUCAUGACACCCCCUCAAAGACUUGUGCACCACACGCCCCCCCACCUCCAUUCUGGGUUGUCUGGUCACAGAAGACCUUGUAUGGUGGAAAGAAGGCGUCGGGUUGGAUCAGGUACAUCUGAGACUCUUUUCCUCCACGGCGGUAGAUGUCUUCACAGUCCUUUCCUGUGUCAGAAGAAGUCAUUCACACUGUGGUCGUGCGGGGGUGGGAGGUGGGGCUGUUGGGGGAGGGUUGGGAGAGCACAAGCGCCAAGUGGCUGCACUCACCUUUCACCACUGGAAUGGGACAAGUGGUCUGGCACGGCUCUUUGCACUCCUCCCUCUGGGUCUGGAUGGCCUUCUCCAGCUUCUGGAUCUUCUGGCGUAUCUUGUCCACAACACCCUGCACGCAAAAUGUUUGAAGACCACAACACCACCAGCUGGUCAGAUGUUUGCCCCCGCAGAUCUUGUGAUAAUGCAUGGCACCUGCCCCACCUGCAGGACUCGAAUGGUGGAGGGGAAGACAGUGUCCACAGUCUCCUUGAUGAAGGCAUGCUGGUCCUCCACCUGCCCCGAGAACUCACUCACCACCCUCCCGUUGUCUAAGGUGACAGGAAGCAAACGUGGGAACCGCCGUAGGGCAACAAGGUCGCAAUUACGCCAAUGUGUCACCUGUGAUGAUUCGUUGGCGCGCCGCUAGUGAGGACGACAUGGCAGUGGUAUAGCUGAAGAUGGUGUUGGACGAGUGCAACAGUUGCUCUACUUGAGGCUUCAUCUGGCUGAUGCUCUGUCACAAGCAGGAAGAAUCUGACUGGAUGAGAGGCCGCUUGGAGGCUCCACCCACUGAAAGGUUAAGUGUAGACAUACCGUCAUGACGCUCUUCUCCUGCUUGAGCAGCGCCAUCUUCAGCUCGCAGCCAUUUGGACAAAGGACGCCCUAGCAAUGAUUCAAGCGUCACUGGCCACCACUAAACGUCAUUGUUAGCAAAAAAACCCCACAACUACAACACUUACCAUUUCCUCAAAGCCGUAUGAGCAUCCUCCUGCUUCCGGGUGCACCUUCUUCUCUUCCACUUUGUGUCCGCUGGGAGGUGCAGUGGUGGGUCGUCCUCCGUACCUGCCCCAAAACCCUGUCACAUCAGGGCUUACGUUUGUGUGUGCGUGCAUGCGAGACUGACCUGCUGGCACCACCAACAGGGCGCGGAGAAUAGCGGUUGGGGUUGUAGGAGUCCCGGCCUUGAGUGAGUGGACGGUGCCCCCGAGCUCCCGGGCCCGUUUGGUUCUGUGGACAGAUGACAAAUGCUGAGUGGACUUCUUUUUUUGUUGUUUUUUGUCACUGAGGAGAUGGACGUACUGUUGUCCCUGUUGUGGUACUUGGUGAGCUCUUUGUGUCCUGUACGCAAACACAAAUUGUCAGCAGCCGUCCUGAACACACUGGAAGCAGAUCUUCUAACUCACCGUGUCAUAUUCAUCAUAGUCCAGGUUUCCCUGAGAGGCGGCGCCGCUCACGCAUAGGAACAGCAACAGCAGCAGCGAGGUCGUCGUCUUCAUGUCGGCUCUUCUCCCCAAAGAUCUUGGGAAGCGCUUUUUAUGCUGGCCAGCUCCGCCUCUCUCGCCUGUUGGUGGACACACAACAGGUCGACGGCCAGGUGGACAGAGACACAGCAAACAAAUGACUAAACAAACUGGUGGUCCACUGUCAGGAAUCGCUUGGACAUUUGAGUCCAAAAGGUUGUGUGACAAACACAACAGCAGCUUUGAAAAUAAAUGGGUGGUUUUAUUUUAUUUGUGUGUCAUUCAAGUGACACACAAGUGACGGACGAGCACGUAAAGCUGAGGAACAUGUUUUCUAUUGCAGGCCAGAGAAUAGCUGACCUCGUGUACUACAGAAUCCCUUGCUGGUGUUUUAGUGGCUAAAUGGCGACAUCUGCUGGAUUUUAAAAAGAAAACCUUGCGUUUGUAAUUCGGCACAUAACUCAGAUCCUGUUAGCAUGAUGUUGCUCCAUAAGGAAAGUCAAGAGGCUCAAAAGUUAUGUAAUGCGAAGAAACAUCAGAAAUGUCUUCUAUGUGUUCCCCUUAAUCUUUAGCAUUGGUAAUCCGCUGGCGUUGCUAUAUUUUUGGGUAAAAUUUGGAGUUGAUUAGUUGUCAGUGUUGGAACGGGGCCGGUGAUUACCAUGGCGACAGUAAAACUGAAACGUGCUUGUGUUGCCAUGGUGACUGACCACAACCCAGCACAGCAAAAAAGACGCUUGUGGUGAUGUCACCGACGUGGGAUACGUCAACCGAAGGUGAGCUCCUUCAUUCAAGUAUCUACACACAUUUGUACCACUUCUAGCAAUCUUAUUGUUGUGUUAUGACUAUAUCAUUGUAAAGACCUUUAACUGUGAGUCAGAGAUAGACAUAGACCUCUAAGUGCUGGAAUGUUGUGUGCUAAGGUGCUACUUUGUCAUCCUAGCGUGCUAAUAUCAGCAGCUAAUUGCGGCGCUGUGAUUUUGAAUCCCAAUGAGUGUCAGCUUUGUCUUUCUGUUGUGUUUUGUGUACUUAUUUGUACUACAGUGUGUGUGUGACAGUUGACAAUACAGCUGACAAUGGCCGCAUCAGGCGCGGCUCUACCAGAAAUGACUUCAGGGGUCAGCAGGGAGAGAAGCAGGAAGGGUCUCCAAACCACAGACAAGUCAGCUUGGAGUCUCUCCAAAGAAGAAAUUGCAAAGUUCAUCAACAGCCAGAAGCAGAACAUCUGCGUGGGCGUGCUCCAACAUGGCUUCCACAGGUCCUUCUCAGAGAUCUUCCAGCUGGUGCGCUUGGAUCAGGAGCGCAGGGAGGCAGCCGAGGUCAACUCGGCAGUAAGUCUUCAGACUCCCCUGGAGGAGCAACAACACAAAAUGGAGAGCAUCAGCCGGCACCUGAGCAGGGCCGAGCAGGCCAAGCGAGACGGUCAGUGGCCUCUGGCGUACAAGCAGCGUCUGAUCUUGGGUGGCUACUUCACGGAUGAGGAGGACCUGUGGCUCAGUUUGCACUUCUACCUCACCUGCACGGAUGCACCUGAAGAAGGCUGCUUGGGACACGCCACCGAGGCCCGAGCUUGCUUGGCUGAGCUCUACCUGCAGCAAGGUCAGCUGGACAAGGCCAGGGAGCAGGCCGAGCUGUGCGUACAGCUGGCCGACGGAGGCGGCUGGUCGGACUCAUCCGGUCGCUCCUUGCGGCACCGCGCCCGUGAGAGCCUGUGGUCCAUCUACAGCCGCCAGGCAGACUCUUGUUUCAAGGCUGGAGAUCAUAACGAGGCUCUGAGGCUUCUCCACAGUGGCUACACCACAGCCACAGAGUCGGAAAACAAACACAUUGAAGGGGAAGCCGCCUAUCAGCUUGGACUGGCCUAUUACAGCUUAGGCGAUCAUGACACCUCUGAACAGUACCUCAACACCUCUAUGCAGAUCUGCAGCACAACACAGGACAUAGACGGGCUGGGCAAGGCCUACAAGGCAAUGGCCAAGCUGUGUGAAAGCAAAGGCAACUUAAACAACACAAUCCAUCUUCUGGAGACAUUAGUGGACAUCUCCCGUAGCAACAGCCUACAUCACCACUUGGUGGAUGCGUGCCUUUGUCUAGGCAACGUCUACACUAAUAUGAGGCAGUAUGACCGCGCUCGCGAGCGCUUGCUCCAAGGUUACAACGUCGCUUGCAACAUCGGAGACAAGACUCUGGUGCACAAGGCCCAGGUGUCACUGGCCAGCGCACACACUCGCUGCAUCAUGAGGAAGUACAGUGCUGAUGUGGAGUCAGACAUGCCCCUCGCGCUGUCACGCCUGCUGGAUUGGAAAGUGACGAGAGGACGUCACGACGCCACGGACGACGAUGUUGUCAGUGACUAUUAGACCACAUUCAUUGUGCACAGUUACUCACCAUCAGAAAGGAAUCAUUUUUGCCCUUUAUUAACAUCUCUGACACCAUAAAAUAAAUUUCUAAACAUCUUUGUUGUUUUGUAUUGCAGUUUGUAAAUUUCUUUUUUCUUUUAAAAAUAUGUUAAGUUACACAAAACAUAUCUUUUACCUAACCAGCAUGUUUUUCACUUUCAAAGUGUGGAAGCACUUGCUGUAAGGUCGUUAAAAUCGUGCUGCUUAUUUAACGGUGGCCUUUACAGCAUGGCCAUGAAAGAUGCGAUUUAUGGCUCCUUUGAAGGGAGCUGGAUCUUGAAGAGCUGCUCCUUUUAAAGAGACGUUAAAAGACGUUCUUUUUACAGUAGGCAUCUAAAGAAAUAAAUUUCUUUAGAUGCCUACUAUGGAAUCACAGGAGUGCCAAAAUUAAAAGGGAAUACGUGUAGAAAUACAAAGAGAAUUAAUAAUAAAAAUAUAU